GAGCAAUGCCCAUGUAUCAAAAAUUCACAUGAGGUCAGGGAAGGUGUGGGAAUUUUUGACUAGGGCGACGCGUACACUUGAGGCUGAACGCGUCUACCCUCACCCCAUAACAUUCACAAUGGCAAGGAGAUACGAUAGUCGCACAACCAUCUUUUCGCCGGAAGGCCGUUUAUAUCAAAUCGAAUAUGCGAUGGAGGCCAUAUCUCACGCUGGAACAGUACUCGGCGUCUUAGCAAAGGAUGGGGUGGUCCUUGCGGCAGAGAAGAAAGUCACGGGCAAGCUCUUGGAUCUAUCUUACACGAAGGAAGGCGGUUAUGGCGGAAGUGGGGAGAAGAUAUAUUUGCUCAACUCGAAUGUCAUUGGAGGCGUAGCAGGUCUGACAGCAGAUGCCAACUCUCUCAUAAACUAUGCUCGAUCAGCAGCGCAACAGCACCUCUUGUCGUACAACGAAGAUAUACCAGUGGAACUUCUCGCUCAGAGGCUAUGUGAUUUGAAACAGGGCUACACACAGUACGGAGGUCUUCGGCCAUUUGGUGUAUCCUUGCUCUACGCAGGUCAUGAUCCUCGUCAUAAUUUUCAACUUUACCACUCUGAUCCAUCUGGAAACUACUCUGGUUGGAAAGCAACUUGCAUAGGUGCUAACAAUGGCACCGCGCAGAGUUUGUUGAAGCAGGAGUACAAGGACGAUAUUGAGGUGAAGGCUGCGAUCAGUUUGGUGCUCAAGACCAUGAGUAAGACGAUGGAUAGCACGACUUUGGGAAGUGAAAAACUAGAAUUUGCCGUCCUGACGUUAGAUCCUGAAACAAAACAACCCAAGGCGAAGAUAUACAGACCCGAUGAGAUAGACCAGUUACUACAGAGCGAAGGACUUGCGAAGAAAGACGAGGAUGCUGCGAUGAAGUCUUAAAGGAAUCACGAGGAUCUGUAUAAUGUUUACUUUCUCAUUGUUCUUAGCUGCCACAUCCACGUGCGAGAAUAGCGUUCCAAAUACUGAGUUACUUAUGAACGUUGCCAGGAUGUAAAGCAGUAGUUUGCCACAGAGACGGAGCGUGCUAAACGUGCGCUUUGACUAUCUUAUCUAACGC